AACCUUGUUUUCUUGUCUCUUCAAUAAAUACGAGAGAGGUUAUAAAUCAAUUCGUCUUCACUUGAUUAACUUAAUUUUAAUUCCUCAAUUUACCUUAAUUCUUUAAAUAUGGUUCUCCUCAAAAGACUCGUUUCAACAAAGGGUCUCGACUAUUUGUCGGUGAAAAGCCAAAUAGCCAAAUUACAUUCUAGUCCACAAUGUUUGGUGGCUAUGAGUCGAUUAGAUAAGGAGCACAUUCCUUUUGACAAAUAUAAGUCUAAUGUUAGUGUUGUUAAGAGUCGAUUGAAUCGACCUUUAACUUUGUCGGAGAAAAUUCUUUAUGGUCAUUUGGAUGAUCCUGCUAAUUCUGAGAUUGAACGAGGUCAAUCUUAUCUUAAACUUCGACCUGAUCGUGUUGCCAUGCAAGAUGCAACUGCCCAAAUGGCCAUGUUACAAUUUAUCUCCAGUGGAUUACCUCAGGUCGCUGUUCCUUCAACUAUUCACUGUGAUCAUCUUAUUCAAGCUCAAAUUGAUGGUGUCGCUGAUUUGGCUCGAGCCAAAGAUAUUAACAAAGAAGUUUACAAUUUCUUAAGUACUGCUGGUGCCAAAUACGGUGUUGGUUUCUGGAAACCAGGAUCUGGUAUAAUCCAUCAGAUUGUUUUGGAAAAUUAUGCUUUUCCCGGAGUCUUGUUGAUCGGUACCGACAGUCACACUGUUAACGGAGGUGGUCUUGGUGGUCUAUGUAUUGGUGUUGGAGGUGCCGAUGCCGUUGAUGUUAUGGCUGGAAUCCCAUGGGAACUUAAAUGUCCAAAAGUCAUCGGUGUUAGAUUAGUUGGUAAACCAAGUGGAUGGACUUCACCUAAGGAUGUUAUCCUUAAACUUGCCGGUAUUUUAACAGUUAAAGGAGGAACUGGAGCCAUCGUUGAAUAUUUUGGUCCUGGUGUUGAUGCUAUUUCAUGUACUGGUAUGGGUACCAUUUGUAACAUGGGUGCUGAGAUCGGUGCUACCACUUCCGUUUUUCCUUAUAACAGUCGAAUGAGAGAUUAUCUGAUUGCCACUGAACGUAAAGAUAUUGCCGAUGAAAUCGACAAACACAAAGACUUUUUAUCAUCAGAUAAAGGUGCUGAAUACGAUCAAGUCAUCGAAAUCAAUCUAAGUGAACUUGAACCCCAUGUUAAUGGACCUUAUACUCCUGAUCUUGCCACACCAAUCUCCAAAUUGGGUGAAACUGCUGCUAAACAUGGAUGGCCUAUGGAUGUUAAAGUUGGACUUAUUGGUUCAUGUACCAACAGUAGUUAUGAAGACAUGACCCGUGCCGCAAGUCUCGCUAAACAAGCAAUCGAUGCCGGUAUCAAGCCUAAAUCAUUAUUCACUGUUACUCCUGGUUCUGAGCAAAUCAGAGCAACAAUUGAACGUGAUGGUCAAGCUAAAAUUUUCCGAGAUUUUGGAGCCGUUGUUUUGGCAAAUGCUUGUGGUCCAUGUAUUGGACAAUGGGACCGAAAAGAUGUCAAAAAAGGAGAAAAGAAUACAAUUGUCUCAUCUUACAAUCGUAACUUUACCGGUCGAAAUGAUGCUAACCCAGCAACCCAUUCUUUCGUUGCUUCACCCGAAAUUACUGUUGCUUUGGCCAUCGCAGGUCGUCUAGAUUUCAACCCAUUGACUGACACUCUUAAAGAUGCCUCAGGCAAAGAUUUCAAACUCGCCGAGCCAAAAGGUGAAGAAUUACCUGCUCGAGGUUUCGACCCUGGCGAAGAUACUUUCCAACCACCUCCAUCUGAUUCUUCAAAAGUUCGUGUAGAUGUUGACCCUAAAAGUGAUCGUCUUCAACUUCUAACUCCAUUCGACAAAUGGGAUGGAAAAGAUUUGACCGAAUUACCCAUUCUAAUUAAAAUCAAGGGUAAAUGUACAACCGAUCACAUCAGUGCAGCUGGACCAUGGCUCAAAUAUCGAGGUCAUCUUGACAACAUUUCUAACAACAUGUUCAUCGCUGCCACCAAUUCUGAAAACGGUGAAGCAAAUAAGGUGCAAAAUAAAUUAACCGGAGCCUGGGGAGCGGUUCCUGAAGUCGCUCGACAAUACAAAGCUAAAGGUGUCAACUGGGUAGCCAUUGGUGAAGAAAACUAUGGUGAAGGAAGUAGCAGGGAACACGCUGCUUUGGAACCAAGACACCUCGGUGGUAGAGCGAUUAUCGUUAAAAGCUUUGCUCGAAUUCACGAAACCAAUCUGAAAAAGCAAGGAAUGCUUCCCUUGACCUUUGCUAAUCCAAGUGAUUACGAUAAAAUUCACCCUGAUGAUAAGAUUUCCAUUAUUGACUUGAAAAACUUAGCUCCUGGAAAGCCUGUGAAAUGUCACAUUACCCAUAAAGAUGGAAAGAAAGAGGAAAUCCAUUUGAACCAUACAAUGAACGAAGGUCAAAUCGCUUGGUUCCGAGCGGGAAGUGCUCUUAAUCUAAUGAAAGAACUUCAAGCAAAAGGAAAAAAUUAAUCUAAUCCAAUAAAAUUACCCUCUAAUCAACUUCUCAAUACACGAAACUUUUGUUUGUGAACUUGAAAGAUAUACACUGACCAUUGGCUAUUUGGUUCUAAAAUUCAAGUGUUGAAAAGUUGAUCAUCUUCAAAUUCUAAUCAAAACAAUCAAUCUCUCUCCUCUCUCAUAACACUUCCCACCAUCAAAGUCAAAGAAUUGUUUCUUUUAUCUCUGUUGCCAAGAAUCUAACAAUAAUUCAACCAUCUCAAUCAGUGAUAAACUAAAUUAAGUAAAUUAAGUAAUCCAGAUAAUUCCCUUUCCGAUUAGCUGUUGAUCAACAGAAAACAAACUGUUAACAAUUUAAAUCGUUACAUUUUCCCUUCUCUCUCUCUCUCUCUCUCUCUUUGCCACUGUAAUUAGUUAUUAUAAUUCUACAAUGUAUUAAACAAAUUAUCAAUAUAUCAUUAAGAUAUAAGUUGAUUGUUAAAUUGUUUCUAAUCACAAAAACAAGUAAAUUUAUUGAUAACUCAA